CGGGAUUCGGCCGGCUUCGGGGAGCCGCACGUGAGCCUCGCUUGGACCGGACCAACUUUUUUUUUUUUUAUUUUAUUUUUAAUUUUGCUGUGGAUUUUUGUGCCGUCCGGACGCCGAAAAAGACCCCCAGCACCCACCUGCUCGCGGCGACCGCCGAUGCCGCGCCGAUGCCGCGCCGAGCAGGACAAAAGCUGAACCCAGUAAAAGGCCCGACGGCGGACCCCCAAAAAAAAAAACAAAAAAAAACAACUCCACGUCGGUGCAGGUGUAAACAUCCGCUGGGAGGAAGCUGAAAACUCAGAAUGGGGAAGAAGGACGCCAGCGCUACUAACCUCCCAGUCGACCAGUACAGGAAACAGAUCGGGAAACAGGACUACAAAAAGGCAAAGUCCAUCCUGAAGGCCACGCGGCUCAAAGCGGAAGCCAAGAAGAACUCGUCCGGAUUCAGAGACGCCUUGCUCGUCCUCGUGGCCAUCGUGUUCUUCGUCGUCUGCGUCUACGCCUUUUUCUACCUCAACCUCAGCAACGAGAUCGACAUGGACGCGGACGUGGACUGAAACCGGCCACGGACUUUGUAGGAGGGAUGUCAUCGGUCUCCCGGACACUUGUUUAGGUAUACUCACGGGACACGAUCGCACCCAAGGCUAUCCGAGCAACCCCGCCACCUAGCGGAACAGCAUUUAAUUGCCCUGCCCGUCACGCCGCCGCUGCUAAAAAGUCGUCUAAAUUUUCCCCCGGUUUUCGUAAAUCCGCUCGGUUUUUGUACAGAAAAACCCGUGACUCUUCCAGGCUUGAUUCCGGAACCGUUCGAAGGUUUUAACAGACGACGAGGCUGAUUUCACGAUGCAAGCUUUUAUUUUCGACUCAAGCCAAAAACCCUCCCGGUCCGCUCAGCAACACGUUGUGUCAAAAGUUAGAGCUUCAAAAUAAAAGCAUGCGGGGUAAUAAUACCGCUUCACCACACUUUCUUUGACCUCACGGCGGCUUGUUGCGCCGUCACGCCAGACGAACGAACACGGCGUCGUCUGAGUGCGUCCAAGAAAUUGUGAUGCCACGGUAUUAUAUUGGGCUGCUUUUACUUUGAAGGCCUUUUUAUUUCACAGAAUUUUACACUAUUUUCUGCAUGUAAAAUUCUCUUUUUAUCAUUGUUUUUUAUGUUAAUAUUUUGGAGUGUCUGGAACAGAUCUUUCAGAUUUACAUUGUUUCCAAUAGGACGAAUCGCUUUGGUUUUCAUACGGUGAGAUUUUCCUGAUUAUGGAUAAUGAAAGCUGAGGUUUCACCGUAACUAAUAAUUUCAGUGGGAAUUGAAUGACAGAAUAGUGAAGUCGCAUCAUUUCCAGCGUUUGGGACUCACUAACCCUCCCGACGCAAUUCUGCGCCGUCACGUGCGCCCCUCGGAAAAAAAAAUGUAAAUCUCCCGUCACGGGCGCAGGAGACAAUCGCGUUUCCCGUCACAUUCCGGCGCACCCUCGCGCCCGCCCCUCCCCCCGGCGGAUGCGCGCCAGAUCGGAAUCCGUGCGCGGAAUAGCGAUGGGCGUUGCUACCUGGAUUAGCAUCGCAAAUACGGGCCCUCUCGUUUGAAUGCCGGCGGCGCAGCCGGGAACGUUCCUGCGGCGGCGGCGACUUCUUCAGGACGAGAGCCACCCGCCCGUCCGUCAACGCCUCCUUUAUCCCGCCGGGAGCGCUCUCCCGUGACCUCUCACCUCCAGUGAAAGGCGGCGUGUCGAAGGAACCAUUAUGAUAAGCGGGCGGGCUUUUAUCCACACGCCGGCGUCAGAAACCCAUCAAGACGUCUCACCUGGGAGCCGCCUAAUAUAUUCUGUGACUCCGACGACGGAUGCUUUAUUUGUACGACUGAUCUACGCGUGCCAGACAUAUUUCAUUAGCUAUACGCACAGAAAUAUGUCGUAACGUGGCAAGGAAACAAUGUGAUCUCUCCCCCCCCCCCCCCACCUUAGUCUUCUUCAUUUCAAGCAGGGGUGUCAAAAUCUUUCACUGACUCAUUUUUGCACUGAUGCGGACUUUGUAUCGGUCCGUUGUGGUGAAGAGGGACCUAAGUCGAAAGGCAAAACAGCCGAUCUACGUUCCUCCCCUCACUUAUGGGCAAGAGCUGCGGGUCGUGAUCGAAAGAACAAGAUCCCGGAUACAAGCGGGCCAACCGUGUUUCCUCCGCAGGGUGUCCGGGCUCUCCCUUAGAGAACGGGUGAGAAGCUCGGUCAUCAGGGAGGGGUUCGGUGUCGAGCCGCCGGUCCUCCGCAUCGAGAGGGGCCGGAUGAGGCGGCUGGGGCAUCUGAUCCGGAUGCCUCCCUGGUGAGGUGUUCUCGGCACGUCCCGCCGGAAAGAAACCCCGGGGACGACCCAGGACACGCCAAAGAGACUAUGUCUUCUCGGCUGGCUUGGGAACGCCUCGGGAUCCCUCCUGAAGAGCUGGAAGAAGUGGCUGGGGAAAGGGAACUUCCCCCACGACCCGACUCAGAAAAGCAGUAGAAUAUGCACGGAUGGAUGCCUCAUUUUAAACUAGUUUUUGUCGUCAGAAAUCACAUAAAAAAUGCUUGCAAUAAUGCAACAUUUUCAUUUAUGUGACAUGACAAUUUGAAGUUUUUGUCAAGAUUUGAACAAAAAUGGGAGUUGAUACAGAUGAUUUGCCAUCGAGGGCCACGUGACAUCAUGCGGCGGGCCGGGUCUGGGCCCCCCAGGCCUUGAGUUUGACACCUGCGAUUUAGAGCAUUUGAGAGUGCAUUAUAUCAACAUUGACCUGACCCGUUCGCGGUUCCCGUUCGAGAGGGGUGCAAAGGGGGUAGGUUAAAGUGACCAAUGGUGCCGUGGUCUGCAGAAUAUAUGACGAAUACUCACACUUGAUUGGACCAGCAGGAUGUGUGGGUGUGGGUGUGGCCCAAUAACGGCGACGGUGUCUCUCUCUAUACUAUAUUACACCUCAUUUUAAUUUGUUCCCAAAACGAUGUAUCUGUUUGGAGUGAACGUAAUCGGAAUAAAGCAUUUUUUUCCC